AUGUCGGCUUUCGAGAAUGUGGUUGGUGGGAAGCUGAAGCUGAAGGGUAAAGCUUUGGAUGUAAAGGCUGGUGGAACUAAGAAGAAGAAGAAGCAUAAGAAAGUGCGGGAUGAGGUUUCUCAAGUCAUUGAGAGCGAGCUCACUACAGGUAAAGUUGUUGAAGAAUCUAGCGACGUCAAUGAAGAAGUCGCAGAAGAUGCCAGCAAAUUGAACAACGAAGACAAGUCAGAGUCUUACAAGGACCACCUAACUGCUGCUGAGAAACGAUAUAUAGAGCAGAGGGAGAGGCUCGACAGGCACAAGAUGGCGAAAGAAGCCAACAAAUCGCAUAGAGACAGGAUCCAAGGUUUCAACCAGUAUUUGGCUAAUAUGAGCGAGCACUACGACAUUCCUAAAGUAGGGCCUGGUUGA